AUGGUGGACCGAAAGUACUUCCGUGUUAAAAACAAAGAGGCAUUUCUGAAGAUCACACAGCACUUCCUGAGGAGAAUGAAGGAGGAGGAUCUGGCUGACCGUCUGCAGAGCAAACAUCUUGCUGCAGUUUGUCAGUGUCAACUUAAAUCCAACCUGAAGGAGAAGUUCCAGUGUGUGUUUGAGGGGAUUGCUAAAGCAGGAAACCGGACCCUUCUGAAUCAGAUCUACACAGAGCUCUUCAUCUCAGAGGGGGGGACUGGAGAGGUCAAUGAUGAACAUGAGGUCAGACAGAUUGAAACAGUAUCCAGGAAACCACACAGACCAGAAACAACAAUCAGACAUGAAGACAUCUUCAAACCCUCACCUGGAAGAGAUGAACCAAUCAGAACAGUGAUGACGAAGGGCGUGGCUGGCAUUGGGAAAACAGUCUUAACACAGAAACUCAGUCUGGACUGGGCUGAAGACAAAGCCAACCAGGACAUACACUUCAUGUUUCCAUUCACUUUCAGAGAGCUGAACGUGCUGAAAGAGAAAAGGUUUAGUUUAGUGGAACUUGUUCAUCAAUUCUUUCCUGAAACCAAAGAAGCAGGAAUCUGCAGGUUUGAGGAGUUCCAGGUUGUGUUCAUCUUUGAUGGUCUGGAUGAGUGUCGACUUCCUCUGGACUUCAGCAACAAUGAGAUCCUGACUGAUGUUACAGAGUCCACCUCGGUGGAUGUACUGCUGGCAAACCUCAUCAGGAGGAAACUGCUUCCCUCUGCUCGCCUCUGGAUAACCACACGACCUGCAGCAGCCAAUCAGAUCCCUCCUGAGUGUGUUGACAUGGUGACAGAGGUCAGAGGGUUCACUGACCCACAGAAGGAGGAGUACUUCAGGAAGAGAUUCAGAGAUGAAGACCAGGCCGACAGAAUCAUCUCCCACAUCAAGACAUCACGAAGCCUCCACAUCAUGUGCCACAUCCCGGUCUUCUGCUGGAUCACUGCCACAGUCCUGGAGGAUGUGAUGAAGACCAGAGAGGGAGGAGAGCUGCCCAAGACCCUGACUCAGAUGUACAUCCACUUCCUGGUGGUUCAGUGUAAACUGAAGAAUGUCAAGUAUGAUGGUGGAGCUGAGUCAGAUCCACAGUGGACUCCAGAGAGCAGGAAGAUGAUUGAGUCUCUGGGAAAACUGUCUUUUCAGCAGCUGCAGAACGGAAACCUGAUCUUCUAUGAAUCAGACCUGACAGAGUGUGGCAUCGAUAUCAGAGCAGCCUCAGUGUACUCAGGAGUGUUCACACAGAUCUUUAAAGAGGAGAGAGGACUGUACCAGGACAAGGUGUUCUGCUUCGUCCAUCUGAGUGUUCAGGAGUUUCUGGCUGCUCUUCAUGUCCAUCUGACCUUCAUCAUCUCUGCAGUCAAUCUGCUGUCAGAAAAACAAAAAAAAACCCCAGUGUCUAAAGUAUUCAGAGAUGAUCAUAAAUCAACACAUCUCUACCAAAGAGCUGUGGACAAGGCCUUAUAGAGUCCAAAUGGACACCUGGACUUGUUCCUCAGAUUCCUCCUGGGUCUUUCACUGCAGACCAAUCAGACUCUCCUACGAGGCCUGCUGACAGAGACAAGAAACAGCUCAAAAAUCAAUCAGGCAACGGCCGAGUACAUCAAGAAGAAGAUCGAGGAGGCUCCCUCUCCAGAGAAAAGCAUCAAUCUGUUCCACUGUCUGAAUGAACUGAAUGAUCGUUCUCUGGUGAAUCAGAUCCAACAGUCCCUGAGUUCAGGAAGACUCUCCACAGAUGAACUGUCUCCUGCUCAGUGGUCAGCUCUGGUCUUCAUCUUACUGUCAUCAGAAAAAGAUCUGGAUGUGUUUGACCUGAAGAAAUUCUCUGCUUCAGAGGAGGCUCUUCUGAAGCUGCUGCCAGUGGUCAAAGCCUCCAACAAAGCUCUACUGAGCGGCUGUAACCUCUCAGAGAGAAGCUGUGAAGGUCUGUCCUCACUUCUCACCUCCCAGUCCUCCAGUCUGAGAGAGCUGGACCUGAGUAACAACAACCUGCAGGAUUCAGGAGUGAAGCUGCUGUCUGCUGGACUGCAGAGUCCACACUGUGAACUGGAAACUCUCAGGCUGUCAGGCUGUCUGAUCACAGAGGAAGGUUGUGCUUCUCUGGCCUCAGCUCUGAGAUCCAACCCCUCUCAUCUGAGAGAGCUGGACCUGAGCUACAAUCAUCCAGGAGACUCAGGAGUGAAGCUGCUGUCUGCUGGACUGGAGGAUCCACACUGGAGCCUGAAGACUCUCAGGGUGGAGCCUGCUGGAGUCCGAUGGUUGAGACCAGGUCUGAGAAAGUAUUCCUGUGAACUCACAAUCGACUCAAACACAGUGAACAGAAGGAUCAAACUGUCUGACAACAACAGGAAGGCGACAUGUGGGGAGGAGGAUCAGUCAUAUCCUGAUCAUCCAGACAGGUUUGACUGGUGGCCUCAGCUGUUGUGUGGAACUGGUCUGACUGGUCGCUGUUACUGGGAGGUCGAGUGCAGAGGAGGAGUUUCUGUAUCUGUGAGUUACAGAAGAAUCAGAAGGAAAGGAGACAGUAAAGACUGUGUGUUUGGAGGGAAUGAUCAAUCCUGGAGUCUGCACGGCUCUGUUUUUGGUCGUUACUCUGUCUGUCACAAUAACAGAGAAACAUCCUCCUCCUCCUCCUCCUCCUCCUUCUCUGACAGAGGAGUGUAUGUGGACUAUCCUGCUGGCACUCUGUCCUUCUACAGAGUCUCCUCUGACACACUGAUCCACCUCCACACCUUCAACACCACAUUCACUGAACCUCUUUAUCCUGGCUUUGGGCUCUGGUAUUGGUUUCGUUCCUCAGUGUCUCUGUGUUCUCUGUAGGAUGAAGAAACUCCUUCAGUUAGAGAAACAGACAGGUUGUUGUGUGACAGGACAAAGCAAUUCAUCUUGGAAUAAUUCAACUCUAGGUAAAAAGUUUUGAUUUAAAUAAGGUUCAUUUUGUUCAUCUUCAUUCCAGUUAAUACGUCCUGUUCAUUAGUCACCUAUAAAAUUAGUGAUCUUUAAGACAUACAGCUAGCAAAACACACAGACGAACACAGAGAAGAGUGCAGAGUGGCUUGAUUGCUCUGUGAUCUGUUGGCAAUGCCUCGGGGCUCCGCUAGAGGGAAUCGCGCUCUGCUUCUUCAUUGGGUGGAUCCCAUUUCUCAAAAUUGCAUCCUCGUUUCCCUCACUUGCGUCUUUUCCUUGCGUCUUAGUCCCUCCCACCAGGGAUGCAUGAGAGGACGCAAGGAAACCACGCAAGGAGAGAAGAAAC